AUGGAAGCUGUUCAACGAAAAAUGAAGGCAGCCGUUGAUGGGCUAUUAGAUGAGCUGGACAAGCAAUAUCUCCGCGAUACCCAGAAGCGAAUGUUCAUAUGUUCUUCUAAAUGUUGUGAAGAUAAGACGUCAGCAAGGGAAUCGAUUGAAAAAUGCGUCGCAAGAUGUAAUGUGCCUCUUCAAAAGUCUCAGGAGGCUUUGGAAAAGGAAUUGGGCGCCUUCCAGGUAAAUUUUUAGUUUUUUGUUUGGUUUUUAGGCUUAUUAGAAAGAGAAUGAAGUAGUCUGCGUGGGAUAAAAUUCUGGUUUAGAUGAUUUUAAGGUAAUGUGGCAAAAGAGGUCGUUUUCGCACAUUAACUAUGAUGCAGUGCAUGGUAUUAUAAAUUUGAAUAUAUUAUGGAAAUUACUGACUGAUAUGUGUUAUAUUUUAUGUUUUUCGAUAGAGAAGAAUCUUCUUUAUCUAAUGGUAACAAUUUUAGGACCAACUUUCACGAUGUGCUCAAACAACGUACGACAAAGCGAUCCAGCAACUAGGACCAGACCCAAAUAAGUAUUCCGAGAAGGAAAUGAAAGUUUUUCAAGUAAGUUAUUAUUGCUUAAGGCGGCUAAUGUUACUAAACUACUUAUUUUAUAAUUAAAAUUUGUUGUUAUCGAAUGUGCUCUAAUGAUUAAACAUUUCAGGAGAAACUAGACAAAGGAGUGGGUCAGUGCGCGGAUGAGCACCUCAAGUUGUUACCUCAAGUUAGGAAACGACUCAUAAAGGACUUCACUAGCUAA